GGCUCCGCGAAGGCUUAGGUUCUCUGGGACAUUUAGGUCCAAGAAAGGCAAGAGAUGCUUAGAGGUCCACAGCUUUGGAGGUGGGAGGGGCUGGGAAGCCCAUUCCCUCUAGACCGGUCUCCCCAGCCCCGGGACUAGCCCCUCCCUCCAGACGCUCCUCCCUUGGUCCCGCCCCCGGGUUCCCCCUUGCUUCCAGCCGUGGUUUCCCCCCUUUCCCCUGCUCUGGUCGGCCCCCAGCCUGGCUCGGCUCUCCGAGCCCCGGGGGCCAACGCCGCUCUUCUUGCCUGUUUUGCCAUGCGCCCGCCGCCCUCUGCUCUGCUCUUUCUGCUGCUCCAGCUGCUCGGGGGCAGGCCCUCCUGGGGGUCCUCGGAGCCCGCGUUUCCAACUGUGGUCAUCGCCGUACUGGCUCGCAACGCCGGAUACUCCCUGCCAUACUACCUCGGGGCUCUGGAGCGGCUGGACUACCCCCGGGCCCGCCUUGCCCUCUGGUGUGCUACAGAUCAUAAUGUGGACAAUACUACAGAGAUACUUCAAGAGUGGCUGGCUGCUGUGGGCAAGGACUAUGCAGAAGUGGUGUGGCGACCUGAAGGCGAGCCAAGGUUGUACCCAGAUGAAGAGAGUCCCAAACAGUGGACCAAGGAACGCCACCAGUUCCUCAUGGAGCUGAAACAAGAAGCCUUGGACUUUGCACGAGCUUGGGGAGCUGAUUAUAUUCUGUUUGCAGACACAGACAACAUCCUAACCAACAAUCAAACCUUGAAGUUCCUGAUUGGGGAGGGUCUGCCAGUUGUAGCCCCUAUGCUGGAUUCCCAGACAUAUUACUCCAACUUCUGGUGUGGGAUCACUCCACAGGGUUAUUACCGAAGAACAGCAGAUUACUUUCCUACCAAGAAUCGACAGCGUCAGGGCUGUUUCCAAGUGCCCAUGGUACACUCUGCCUUCCUAAUAGCCCUUCGGGGCAAGGGAGUUGACCAACUGGCCUUCUAUCCUCCCCAUCCCAACUAUACAUGGCCCUUUGAUGAUAUUAUCGUUUUUGCCUAUUCUUGCCAGGCUGCAGGUGUCUCAGUCCAUGUUUGCAACCAGCAUCGAUUCGGGUAUAUGAAUGUUCCAGUCAAAUCACACCAGGGGUUGGAGGAUGAGAAAAUCAACUUUGUCCAUCUAAUCUUGGAAGCCCUGGUGGAUGGCCCACCUAUGCAGCCUUCAGCCCAUGUGUUCCUGUCUCCCAAAAGACCCAACAAGAUGGGGUUUGAUGAGGUUUUUGUCAUCAGCCUAGCCCGUCGGCCCGAACGCCGAGAAAGGAUGCUGAGCUCCCUGUGGGAGAUGGAGAUUGCUGGCCGGGUACUGGAAGCUGUAGAUGGCAGGGCACUCAAUAGCAGCUCCAUCAAAAGCCUGGGUGUGGACCUUCUUCCUGGAUACUAUGACCCCUAUUCUGGCCGCACACUGACCAAGGGAGAGGUGGGCUGUUUCCUCAGCCACUACUCCAUCUGGGAGGAGAUGGUCACCCGGGGCCUGGAGCAGGUCGUGGUGUUUGAGGACGAUGUGCGCUUUGAGGCCGGCUUCAGGCAGCGGCUGGAGUGGCUGAUGGAGGAGGUGUCUCAGGAGCAGCUGCAGUGGGACCUGAUUUACCUGGGGCGCAAGCAAGUUACCUGGGAGGAGGAGCCGGCUGUGGAGGGCGUGCGCCACCUCGUGGUGGCCAACUACUCCUACUGGACUCUGGCCUACGCGCUGUCCCUCGGAGGCGCUCGAAAGCUGCUGGAGGCCCAGCCUCUGGGCAGGAUGCUGCCGGUGGAUGAGUUCCUGCCCAUCAUGUACGACCGACACCCAAACGAAGACUACAAGAAGCACUUCUCCCGCCGGGACCUGAGAGCUUUUGCUGUGAGGCCCCUGCUUGCUUUCCCCACCCAUUACGCUGGGGACGCCCAGUGGCUGAGCGACACAGAGACGUCCACCAUCUGGGACGAUGACACUCAGGUCACGGGUUGGAAUGGCUCUCGGAAGACCCUGAGGGACCCGAGGCUGGACAGGGUGGGCAGCAGUGGACACAGCCUCCAUUCCACUUCUCACGAUGAGCUCUAGUGCCAGGGGUUUUAUCUGUGGAUCAAAGAAUGAACCUCCAGAGGAGACAUGGGGAUCUCCAACCAGGAGCCAGGGAUAGCUGGAAGAAACUGUGGUUUCCCCAGGUCCAUCGGAGAGAUCGUUGCUGUUCAUUUUGGUGUUUCCUUACCUGCAAAAACCAGGACCGUUACCACUGUGAUUCCCCACUCCUAUUCCCCAAAACUACAGCAAACCAUUUCCCCUCUCCACAAAGGUGCUAAGGCAAGGGGGCUACCAGUCAGCUCAUUUUAUACAGAGGGUAGGUGGGAACGGAAGGCCUAGGAGUCUCUCUCAAGGUAACAUACACACUAAUUUAGUUGCAGUAUAUGGCAGGAAGGGAGAGACCCUAGAAUUCUUGGCUGACCUGCUAGAACCUAUGUCCUACUGUCCCCUUUACCUCUCUCACCCUACCUGCAUCCUGCAUCCCUUUUCCUCUGAAGUCAGGGCUAAGGAAAAGAAUGAGAUUUGGAAAUCUUCCAGGCUGAAAAGGAAAAAAAAAGGACUAGGAAUCUCAGGUUGGCAAUGGAGCUCCCCAUUACUGCUACGCAGCAGGAGGAAAUCUUCACUGAGACUGUCACUCCUGAUCAGGAGGUUAUUAACAGUAGCAAGACUGAAUGAACUCUUGCAGCUUUCUAUCAGCAGCCAAGAUGAGAGGACAAAUCCCUGGAAGAUAGAGGAGCAUCCAGGCCAGACCUGGUGGCUUGCAGUAAAUAAAUAUUUGUUUUGCACUUUAAA